GCUUUCCUUGAUCUAAUGGUCUUUUAUUUUUUUCCCCCCUUCUCUUCUCCUCAGGAUGAAGAUGAGUGGAAGGAAUUUGAGCAGAAAGAGGUUGAUUACAGCGGACUACGAGUCCAGGCAAUGCAGAUAAGUGAGAAGGAGGAGGAGGAGGAUAACGAGAAGAGAGAAGACCCCGGGGAUAGCUGGGAAGAAGGGGGCGGUGGCGGAGGGCUGGAGAAGUCUUCAGGGCCCUGGAAUAAAACAGCUCCCGUGCAAGCGCCUCCAGCUCCAGUUGUAGUUCCAGAGCCCCCCGAACCGGCGAUGCCUAGUGGUGUGUAUAGGCCUCCCGGGGCGCGGCUAACCACCACAAGGAAAACGCCGCAAGGACCCCCAGAGAUAUACAGCGACACGCAGUUCCCGUCCCUGCAGUCCACUGCCAAGCACCUAGAAAGCCGGAACAGGUACUUAAAAUGAGUGCUACCUGGAGCUCAAUGACCACAUGCGGCACAUCUACAUCUUAUUUAGGGACGUGAAGUUUUAAGAGUAAAUAAAAGGGGAAGGAAACGUAAAUGACAUCCGAUGGAAAUUUUUUUUGAGUGGCUUUUAAAGUGACCCAGCCUUCGGCCUGGUUGAGAGCACCGCACCGCUGGCUUGAACUGAGACCCGCAGCUGGCCCGCGCCAGCUCCACUGCUGUGCACACCCGCGCGCGACGCCCGCCUCUCCUCACCCCACCCAGCCC